UGACCAUUUAUGUUCAUUCGCGAUCCGUGCGUCGUGUGAUAUUGUUGCGUGUGGUCUGUGGUGACGUUACGGUGAUAGUAUUCGGGUGAUUUAUUUGCGGUCCUCGUGUAUUUUUCGCGUUUGAAAGAAUAACAAAGACAAAAAAAAAACGAACGAAAUAUGUCUGAGAUUGAUGCGAAAGUGAACAUGUCGCUUGGUAAGUGGCCAGAGUCUCGAAAAUCUAGCAGUUUUGCUGAUAGUCCUGGGUGAGCGUACGGCAACUGUUUCUUCCUUUGCACGAAUUCAAAAUGGCGAUGAAAAUUAUACAACGUAGAUAUAUAUCCACAUUUAUUUUCGUUCAUUUAACAUCCAAAAUGGUAAAUAGAUCUCUAAGAAAAUAAAACAAAGAAACGUAUCUGUGUCAGACGAUGAAUCAACUUUUGAUACAGGAUCGUUUCGUCUCCCUAAUUAAUUAUUAAGCAAAAAAAAGGCAGACAUAUUUUAAUCGAUGUUUACUUAUGAGAGGAUGUAUGGUGUCUUUUCUAAUCGCUGGAAGAAAAAUGUCUCCGCUAUUUAUACCGAUGAUCGAAUAACCAAGUGUAUAUGAAUUCCGGACUUUUUCAAAAGAACCAAUUCAAUUUCAACGAAAUAGAAACGAAAUAGAUAACAGGCUUCUACUAACGACAGUGGUAGUAAAGAAGAAGAAAGAUAUAUCCGCCAUGAAGAAUUUAUACAUUCUGAGAAAAAUACUAUGAUUUACGUAGGAUUGGCGGUGAGGGGAUUUCUUACAAUUUUUGACCAAUUACUCGAGAAAUUUGUCGAAUGGAAAAUUUACGUACCUGAACAUUUUUGGAUAAUAACACAACCAAAGUUAUGAUUCAUGAUUUACGGAAAAGAAGUCAACUUUCUCAUUACGUGGGAUAUACGUUUGCAUAACUUUAGUCGUAUUUUUAUCUCUUCUAUAUCAUAUUUCUCGAGUUUCUCUUUGUUCAUCUGAUGAACUUGAGAGAUGCUACAUACUAUACGUGAGAUAAAAACACGCUGAAAAUUUUCAAAUCGAUUUUAUUUUUGAACGCAUUACGCGUUCUAUGAAAGUAUAUGGAAUGUCUGCGACAAAUAAUAAUCGCCGUUGAAUUCGAGAAUUUAACUAAAUUCUAAAUGAAAAUGGUAUUUAUGUAUGUUACAAGUGUGCAAUCCAGAAUAAUUUAAGUUUAAGAUUAAAUAUGUUCGCAAUUUGUCAAUUAAAAACAUGCAUUCUAUAUAAAUGAAUACUUCAUGAUAUGUCAAAUGUUAUUUAGAAUUAACAGAAGCAUUUUUAUUAAGCAAAUUAUUAAAGAUAAAAAGCCCGAUAGAGUGCGAUUGUUUAAACAACCAAGAUGUAUAAAACUGCAAGAAGAAGCAUCUAUGUGAUUAAAUGUUAUAUCUAAAUCAGUUAUUAAAUGACUUAUUAGAUAACUGGAUUUUAUUAAUUUCAUGUAAGACUCGAAGGCAUCUACUUCAACAAAUGAGAGAAAUUUUUAUGUAAUCUACAAACUUUUGUCUACAAGCAACACAUCAAUGGAGGCAAUAUAAUAUUGGUUUAUGAUGCUUAUGUAGUGGAAAAUUUUGUGGAUAACAUACUAAUUGCAUAAGAGAAGUCAACUGGAAAAACUUUACCUUCAACUGAAAGUAGAUAUCUAUCAGAAAUAAUGCCACUAUGUUAUUGUAAAACAUCAAUAAUGGAUCUAUUCAAUUAUAAUUUUGUUCAAAUAUAAUUGAUAUAAUAACCAAUAUUAAUAGCAAUAUAGAUAGUCUGUUUCCUUUGUCAAUGAACAAUGAAUGACAUGUUUUUGUUAAAUUAAGAUUGAAAUGGAAGAACAGACUAAAACAGACAAUAUAAUAUAAAAAUUAUAUUUUGAAGAUAUGCGUUGAAUCAAGAGAAAAACUGAAAUAUGAUAAACAUGCAGAUAUAGAAAGUGUGAAGAAUUACAAAAGUAUGAAGAAUCUUCAGUAUGCAAGAAAGUACACAUGACAUUUAUGUAUCAGUGUAUAAAUAAUUGAAACACUCACGGAAGAUCACAAUGAAAAUAACACAGAGAGAAAGGACAUUUAUUAAAUGAAAUCAUAAAGAUGGAGAAAAAGGAGAAAAAGAAAAAGGCCGGGGCUACUAAUGGAAAAACUGGUGCUAAACGCACUCGAGGAAGUGUGCGAGGGCGAAGUGGACUCAGAGGUAGAGGUACCAGAGUAAAGCGUAAUGUUGGAACUGCUAAAAAAGAGCAAACAUGGCAAGCUGGGCAAAAUAACAAUAAUAACAACAAUAAUAAUAAUGUGCGUGGUGGUUUUGUGAGAAAACGAUAUAAGAAAAACAGUGGUUUAACUAGAUCACGAAGUAAUUUAACAUUAAAUCAGAAACCUAAUACACGAGGAGCUUUUAAUGUUCGCCGUGGUCGUGGUAAUAGAUUUGGUCUGACUCGAAGUAGAAGUCGCACAAACUUGACUUUUACACAAGGAGGCUUUUUUACAAAUAAUAAGACUCCAUUAAAACGAACGAACAGUUUACCAAAUUUACGUGAUCCAACUUCGGUUCAUAAUCGACUGGGAUAUCAAAGCCCUGCUCAAAUUGCUUACCGAAAUCGUGUUAAAAGAGCAAAACAAUUGCUGCUACAAAGACAGAACCAGAGAUUAUCCUUACAAAACCAAUUCAGAAUUCCACAAGCUGGGAAAUCAUUAUUAUCACUCCAACAAAGAUCCACAGAUAGAAGACAACAAAUUUUAACUUCUCAACGUCGCUUUACUACUGGUGGAUUACGAUCAGAUCAAAUUGCCCGUGCACAAAGACGUGCACAAUAUGAACAAAAAUUAAUGAGAAUGAAUUCCUCGCGAUUAAAUACAAACUCAAAUGUAAACUUCAUGUAUACAUUGGGAAAUGAGUACAGUCCUAGCACGCAUCAACGCCCUCUUACUCUUACCCCAAGCAGAAACGGAAGUGCUGUGAACAGUUUGCGCCCAUUACCAAGAGGAAGGUCUCCAUUUAGACAAAGUGUACAAAAUUUGAAUAUGGUUGGUCGAUCACCUAUGUUUGGUCGACAACGUUCAAGGUCAAGAUCGCGUUCCCGUUCUCGUACACGCAACACUCCGUCAUCAGACGCAAGACCAGAUGUCGAUGAUCGUACUUUCAGCGAAGUCAUGUAUAGCUUGUCCGGAAAUCUCGGCGUUACAGGAAGAACGCUUAAUGAUAGAUUUAGUUUUUAAAUUGAAGAAGGAAAGUUUGUUUUGUAUUUAGAAUAUAAGACUGUUGAGGCCAGAAAUUUUAUGCUUGAAAUAGAUACUAGGUAUAAUGUUUUCUUAUCAAUUGCAUUAAUAUUAAAGUUACAUCAAGUAGAAAUCAAUUUAUUUAACUCGAAUGUUCCCCAUUUUUUCGUUUGUAUAUUAAAACUAUAUGAAAAUUAUUUUGAAGUUUUAAAGCAUAAAACAUUUAAGUUUGAAAUAUAUUCCAAAAUAUUAACUACAUAAUUCAUGAUAAAAUGAAUUCAUAAUAAAUUCGAUGUCUAAUAUUACCUCAUCAUUAACUCAUUAUUAACUCAUAUUUGAGUUUAAAAGUUUAAUAUAAAUUGAUUUGCAUAUGAAGAUGAAAUUUAUAGUAAAUUUUUGUAUGAAAAGAUAAUUUGCAAUAUUUUUAAUAUUAUAUUAUAUAUAUAUAAUAUAUAUAUUUAAUAUUAAAAAUAAAUUUUAACUUUUUAUAGAUAUUUCAUUCUUUGUUACUUUAUAAAUAUUUUAGUAACAUUUUUAUUUCGUUUUUAUGUAUAUAUUUCUAUGCUGUAAUAAUAAUUCGGCAGAUUUAUUUUUUUAUCACACUUAAUAUAUUUUAUUGAAAAAUGUGGCCUCAAUUACGCGAGUUUAGUACAUCUAGAGACAAAGUAUAAUAUUAUUAAAAAGAAUGAACGCUAUAACUAUAUUCGAAUUAUAAAAAUUGUAGAAAUUUUAUUAGGGAUGUUUAAUUAGUUCUCAAAAUAAGUAUAAGUCUGAGUCGUGGAAUAAGUUUUUAAUAUAGGUACGAGGAUUAUUCACAUUUCGAGUAUACUGAACAUGAUAUAUCAAUGAAAUAUAAAUAUAAUGUAGAAUGAAUUUCUUUUCUUUAUUAUACGUAUUUAAUAGUUGUUAUAUAAGUGCUUAUAAGGAAAUCAUAAUCAGAGUAUAUAUAGUAUAUACAUAGAAAUACAAUAUAAAUUGAACUUUUUUAUUUUACUUUAUUAACAUAAUUUAAUAUAUAUAUCUUCUAUCUAUACACAUAUAAAAAGUAGGAGGAUUUUUAUUACACUAUGAAAGUUAUAUUUAAUCAAACAUAAUUUUAUAGUUUAUUGAAAUUUACCAUCCAACUACAGCGACGUGGUUUAGAAUAUAAAUGCAAUAAUUUUUAUAAGAGUUAAAGAAUUUAUUACUGAAAUACUUUUCGAUUGUAAAAAUAUUGCUUUAUAAUGUAGUAUUAUAAUUAUAAAUACAGUGUCUCUCAGAAUUCAA